AUGGUCUUCUCGUACUGGUCGCGUCGCCGGUCGAAUCUCUCACCUGUUCACACGCCACAGCCCACAAAAGUACCUGCGACCAGCGGUCCUCCCCAACUACCGCUCAUUGCUGAUUCCUUUCUGAACUUGGAUGGAGAAAAGGCAACAGUCUCUACAUCUAUAAUUGAUGCGCCGUCAUUCUCGACCGCCUCGCCCGCAGCCGUACCAUCCUCCGAGGACCAUACAAGACCGGGAUCGAGCCCCGAAGACCGUGAUAGAGAGCCGCCAACUCUCACUUUUCAAUCGAAUCACUCGCAACCCUCGCUACCCCCGGAAACCCCAGACCAACCCCACGGGGUCUCCUCUAAGCCCGAUUCACCUUUUCAGUCAUCCUUUGGAAGAGGACCGUUGAAUACCCAGGCCGUCGACAGUCAAUCGAAGCGCUCGACUUCACCCGGAAUGGCGCCAUCGGGCCAUCGCCGCUUUCGAACCUCCCCUGAUGAGUCUCCAGGAGAUAAGGUGCCGACAUCGCAGAAAGAACACCGGUUUGAAGCGCGGACGAGUCGCCGGCCAGUUGAUCGUGAUGUGCAACCAGUGGAACACAUUCCGCCAAAGUCCGGCAAGACCAUGCUACAUCUCUUGAAUCCUAUGUCACUUCUGGCCAAGAGACGCUCACAUCAGGUGGCUGGGUUGCGCGUGGAAGAUCAUAAUAAAGGCUCUAAAAGCAUUGUACCCGCGAUCCCGGAUGACUUUGAUCCGCGCAUUCGAGGAAACAUCGUCCAUGAUUUUUCCGCACCUCGCCCUCGACGUCAACUAUCCACUGCACCUGCCCCCAAGCAAGAACAAGUUAGUCCACAAGGUGCCCCUGGUGUGACUCAAUAUGAGUAUACCGGGGAUGAUGCAAGGGUGCGGUCAAGCGAACCAAAGAGCCCCUACUCUCCUUUAUCAGACCAUAUGAAGAGGCACAGUGACCACUCACCUGUGUUCAAGGAGCAUUUUGAGGAAGACAAAAGGGCACUGCAGGUUGAAAACAAAGCCUAUCUACAGUCAUCUCUAUUGACGGAUACCUCGAACCGAGAUCGCGAUCCACAUUCAAUACCCGUCUUCGCCAGAAAACUACCCUCGUCUAUCACAGGUCAUGAUAAACCACCCGAUGAGCGGUCACAACCAAUCCCUGAGGUGAAAUCGCGGAAUGACGACGGCAUGAACAAUGUUGAAGACUCAGAUACUUUCGAGGUCGACCUACCACAACAGAUUUCUGGACUACCAAAGCACUUUAAGAGCAAUGCUUCCCGAUUUAGUUUUGAUAUGAAUGGUGUUGGCUCCUCCACUCAGGAGAAACUAUUAGAAGAGAAACAUAAGGAAAAAGAAGCCGCACGAAAAGCCGAAGCGCGGUUGAACGGGGAAUUUAGCGACGUUGAGGAUGAUUUUGAUAACGAGAUGUUUGAUGACUUGGACGGCCUUGAGGAGGGAAUCCCUGGCGUAAAUGUGGACGCCGACGAAGGCGACGAAUUCAAAGACUUCUCAGCUCCAGGGAAUAUAUGGAACAAGUCCUGGCUUGCUCCUAAUCUGUCUCCGGUCGUUGCUAGCCCUGUUCAACCGGAGAUGCCCACCCAUGAGGAUGUUCGGAUCCCGGGUGUCAAACAGGACGAGCCUGGCGAUUCAAAGGAACCACCUCCACCGGAGGACUCUACACCAAAUGAUUCUACAACAGCUGAUGAUAUCUCUGACUCUUCAAAGACCUUUCUACGCGAGUCCAUAGACAUGUCCAGUGCCCCGUUGCAGUCCAAGACGUUUCUACGGGAGUCGACGGACAUGUCUGGUGUCCCCUUGCAAUCCGUACCUGACGAGGAUGAUGAUGAUCUAUAUUUUGACGAUGGUGAAUUUGGUGAACUGGAUGCCGAAGCCGCUGGGGAUAAAUUUGAUGAGUCUGUAUUUGAUGACCCAACCAGCCAUCUAUAUGAUCGAAAACAACCUACAUCCACGGAUUUAUCAGGGGCCCCGCUGCAGCCAAUACCGGAUGAGGAAGAUGAUGACCUGUAUUUUGAUGAUGGAGAAUUCGGUGAACUGGACGUCAAAGCUUCCGGGGAGAAAUUCGAUGAGUCCGUCUUCGAUGACCCGACAAGCCAUUUAUAUGAUCGGAAACAGCCUACAGCACCUGUCCAGCCUCACACUGAUGAUUCUGAAGCGAACCCAGACCAGGGAUAUAGCUUGAAACAUGCUCCGAGCACAGCGAGCGAGUAUCAUCAAGGAUUCGCCCCUAGGAGAUAUGGUAGCGUCGCCGGCAACAUGCCAAACCAGGAACUUGUGAACUCUCGUAGUGGCGUUUUGUCUGAACAUAAUCUGGAGGCCUUCCAUAAUGCACUAGCAGAUGCGGCAAAUCAAUCUGCUGCAAAAGGCCGACUCGGGCAUACCACGAGCGUCAGCGAACGAUCCAUGGCCCAAGAGAGUGCCCAGACCGUGGACUCCCAGCCAGGACUCGUAUCAGAUGAGAGCCGCAUCAGCCAAGCAAUGGACCCCGUGUCCUUUGAUGAAGUAUUCGAAGACUUUAAUUACGAUGACAACGAUGACUUGCUCUACGAUGAUCCGAUAAUCGCGGCUGCCAACGCCGAAGCCCUAGAGAAUGAUGACGAGGGCUUUUACGGGCAUGAGUUUGGUUUCUACGCACAAGCCUAUGCAAAUGGCUCAGAACUUACGAACGGGGGAUAUUUUGGGCCCCGGGGUACUGAAGGCAUCUCUCGCACCCACAGUGGCCGUGGAAAGUUCCGCGAACCCAGCCUAACGCCCAUCACGGAGCGUAGCGAAUGGAGUACUCGCAAUUCGAUCAUCUCAGUCAAUGCUCAUGGAGUUGCCCACUCUAACCAAUCCGUAUCAAGUCCUGGGCUUGCUCAGUUAGUCGACCUGAACAGCCUUGAAGAUGAGAUGUCGUUAAGCGCACUUAUGAAACUCCGACGUGAUGCCUGGGGCGGAAGCAAUGGUAGCCUCCGCAGCCGCAGCGCCAGCCCUCCUCCUCAACAACCUUCCGCGUCAAAUCGGGCCAGUUUUGCCUUAUCUGACGUGAGCCCGACUGUCCAUACAUUUCCUCCAGACUUCCUCGGGGUUCCUAUGGACUCCCCUAUCCGCGAAUCCGACAAAGGACCAUGGUCAUACCCUUUCCCUCCACAACGAAUGGAAUGA